GUCAUCGCAAAGUUGCAAACAACCCUGGAAAUCUUACCUGUGAUCGGGAGGUCGAAUAACUUCAUGUUCGCGACUGGUAAAUGAUUGAAAUCAUGCUUUGGUGAUAGAAAAAAGAAUCUCAACGAAGUAAUGGCCUCCGCAGGCAUGACAGGGAAUCAUGAUAAGGAGAACGGACACGAUGUUGAUGUCGAACAAGUGGUUCUUGAUGCAGUGGAAGUGUACCUUCUCAUGAAGGAAGAAUAUCGCAUCUCAAGGAAUAUCAGAGCAUCAUGGUUCCUCAAGAAUAUCAACAGUAUCAUAUCAGUCAAAGAAGAAAAGGAAUUGCGAUGUUCCGAAGAAGAACUGGAAAUCCUCUCUGUCAUUCCCAAAGAUCCACCAACUAGUCAGCAGACGGCGGGAAAACACAUCCAAUAUCGUCUCUUGCCAACAUGCCAUGUGACCUUCUUUGCCCGACGAUACAGGCUGGUUGUAGUCUUAGAUCUCAGCCCUUCUAUGACUGCUGUGGAUAUUCAAUCAGGUAGUAUCCACAUUGCUGAGAUUCAUGCUGCUUUGACCAAUUUUUUGAAGGGCAUAACCAAGCCGUUCUGUGUUCCUGGAAGUACGAUUUUACUCUCUCCGAGUCUGUAUGUGACAGUCAUUGCCUACACACCUCUUGCCCACCUUACAACACAACAGGUACUGGUACAAGGGUGUUUGCUGACCCCAGAGAAUGUUGAUGUAUUCCUGCAAAGCAUUCUUACACAGCUGGAAGACUUUGAGAACAAAAUAUAUAAUAGUACGAUGCGAUCUCAGAACCCCUCCGCAUCCAACCUUGAUGCCAUGGACGGCUGGUUGACCAACGGUCUGGACAUUGUGGUAGGGGGUGACUGGAGGGAUAGCCAGCAAGGAGGUCCUGCUAGUCCUACCGCAAGCACCCACCAUCAUCCUCCUAGCAAGGUUGAGAUGGCCAACCCUGAGGCAACGUUUGUCAACAUGCUGUGGUGUGGAGUGCUGGCCCUUCAGCUGCUACCCGAGAACACAAGUGCAGGCAUCGUAGUCAUCAGUGAUGGGGUUGGCGCCGUCCCAGAUGCUCUGACCCUCAGCAACCUUCUUGGGAACCUUCGCACCAGUACCACGGCUUGCUCCUUCAUCCAGCUUGGGAAGGGAUUCUACCCUCAUGCUGGUUUUGGUUACGUCCCCCAUACAGAGAUCAUGCAGUUCAUCGCCACCGCUACCUUUGGAGCCUUUCUUUCAAGGUGUCCAAGCAUGGAAUCUUGUGAAAACCACCUGAUGAAUCAGUACCACAGAGCUUUCCUGUCUUGGAGCUUUCAGAAAGGAUUGGAUGGCAUCAAGAUUGAUCUUAUCAAAGGUCGCCAACAUCAAGUCAUAUCAUCAGAGUCUGGCUGGUCAGAAAGUAUCCUACCAUCCUUUGCAGUUAAUAAACAGGGGUUAUGCACCAUUCCUCUCAUCAGGAAGAAGCAUACAAACUACAGACUUCACACAGAGCUGGGCAAUGUUCUCUCUAUUCGUCUUCGAGAAGGGUAUACUAUCAAGGAUGCCUGCAUCACAAAGAGUGGUACUUGCAUUGAAGUUCGUCUUGCUUUGCCGUGGAAGUACAAUGCCAGGAUAGAGUACAUAGCCACAGCUCCAUGGCCCCUUGACUCUAGCAGACAUGUGACAGACAUUGAGAUCAUCAUGGAAGGCAGCUAUGAGUUCCUUCAUGACAUCACCUGCCCCAUGAAGAAGGGUCCUCAGAACCAUUACAGGACAAAGGUGGUCAAGAACUUCUGGCAGACACUGCAAAGUUUGAGAGAAACGGAUCUUCUGUUGGUUCACCUGCAGUCGUUUGCAGCCAACCCCAUCUACUACUCCUUACCUGAGGGUACUAAGGGGGGUAUGCCCCUCUUCUACAUGCCCCCUAACUCCACCUCACCGGUCUUAGCUCAACAAUCUCAUCCAAAGCAUUCAGGAUUAGACCAGUUUGCCGACUUCUGGAAACGAAUCGCUCUUAUGGACUCCAAAAGAUGGCAGCGAUGGCUCCACACACAUCGUAUUGCAUUGCUCCUGCUUCCUGACUUGCCACUACCAAAGCACCUACACCUACCCAACUCAAGCGGUCGCUACGCCACUAUCCAGUAUCGUGUGGCCCUCAAGGAAGUCAACAGCUUACUCAAGAAAAAGAGUACAUUCAUCAUGCUGGACAAUCACAGUUACAUCAAUCUCAACUUCACUGAAUCAGGAGGGCCCCCUACCUCCUUCUAUGUCAUCAGGGUAUCCACCAAGACACCCAUAGUCCUCAGACUGGCUUUUCUUGGAGGAACACCGGGCCAUGAAAGGAAUAAGGUUGUGAGAGAGCUGAAGAACGACCUACUAGCGCUGCGGAUGCCUCGGAAAAAGACUCCCCAGUAUGGCUACGACAAGGAACAAUGCACCAAGACCGCGGCUGCUCUGAAGGACCCAGACUCUGAUGGUCCUCCUGGAAGCGGAAAUGAUUCCUGUGUCGUUCUGCUCUCCAGACCUAUUGAGAUGAUCCUCAUGAGAUAUGAGAAGAUGCCAUCAGACUUCACUGAUCUGAAGACAUCCAUCGAGGUGACAUCCACCUCGGUACCCGUCUACAUGAACAGUAAGGCGCCCUCUAACAACCUGAACCGACUAGCGUGUUAUCUCCACCAUCGACGGUGGAUCUGGGAAGCUCAGAGUGAUAGCGGGAUUCAGAUUGCCACCAAGGCUGUUGCCAACAUCUUAGACGUUCUCACCAAAUUAAGGUUACAGCAAGGUUUCCAUGUGGCUUAUUCAACCAGCGGAAUACUCAGCUUUGUCAUGGAACUGAAGAUGAAGAAUCCUCUUGGUAGCAUCCUGGACACCAAGCAACCUCCUGAAGGCACAGACCAAGCUGACGCAGAUGAAGCCACUGAGAGUGACCAAUGCAUAGAGCAGACAUUAUCCUCUAAUGGUCAGGAGGUGUUCCCAUGUCUGCUCCAGUACAUUGUCUUCCCUCCCCACUCUGCAACGUCAAGGAGAGACCGGUCUACAUCAGUUGGUGAUGACGACGAUGAUGAUGAUGGUGACGAUCAGGAUACAUCAGAAGCUGAUGGAAGACUACAGCUGGUGACGGAAUGCUGGAUAGAACCCCAGAGUGGAACCAUCAUUGAUCCUCCCAAACAGAUGAAGUUCUUAGAUGGCCUCAACUACCAGACUAUUCCAAGAGUGAUGUUUCCAAAGGACCAGCGCAUCAUCUCUGUCCUCCUCAACUUCGAGCACCUUCGCGUCAUGUGCUCCUCCGCCAUUGAUGGAGACAUGGCCACCAUGUCCAAAGGGGAACGUGGCUUUGAGGGGGUUGCGCUCAGCGAGACGAUCCAGCGUAUGCCUUAUGCCUUGGAUGUGAUGACGCUCCUACCCAUGUGUCAGCAGGCUCAGGUCAUGUGCUCAACAUUUAUUGUAGGUACGAAUGGAACAGAGAGUGCCAGGUCUAGGUUGAGCUUUAGGUACCCGAAGCCCAACGACAUCCUCUACACACUGCUCACAGACUCAAUGAAAACUAUGACAGACUUCAAGCUGGACCUCUCUGAAAAGGAGAGCCUGCUCUUCGCCCAGUCUGUCCUUGAUCGAAGCAAAGACAACGAUGCGGCCAGCCCCUUUGGCCUGUCCUCUGCGGACAUCUCCAGUCUCCUGUUGGAUAUCACUGAUCGCUCUGCAGAAGGUGUAGAGAAGACACCAGGUUCGCAGGACAGACCUAGCACUCCAUUGGUGGAGGAGCAGGGGAAGAAGGUGCCUCAGUGGACGCUGUAUGUGAACAAUGUCGGGAAGGACCAUCUUAUCUUGGUCUUCAUGCCAGCUUCCUAUCAGGACCUGGAACUGCUCAGUGCUACCAAGGAUGAUCCUGAAGCGGAUCUAUCCAUGGCACCUGAAUCAGAUCAGGUGAAACCAUCACGUGAGUCCCGCCAAAGCAAGAACCUAGACCAGACAGAUAGUGAAGAUGAGAGUCCUGGUAGAAAAACAGCACCACCUGGAGUUGAGAAGAAGACAGCCACUGGCCUCCCCCUUUCCAUCUUGGUCUAUGAUUGUUCUCUAGCGGCCCUGACCAACUUCCUCCUGGAACGUCUUGACGAGAGUUCAGUGACAAAUAUCGUCAAGGAUUUGACCUUUGCGUCUAUGGAUGCGGGUGCCCAGGUCCCUACCACACCAAGGAAUAUCCCAAGGCAGAGGACAAGGGGUUUCAGCGAGCAGAAUGAUUCGUUCACCCCACCAUCCUUGGAUAGGAAGGGAAGCAAGGCUCUGGAGUGGUUCUGUGGAAAGCUCGCCAACAGAGUCCACAAGGCUUUUGUCAUCGGCCUGUUCAAGAGUCUUCAGUACGGUCAGUGGGUGGACUGUCACGAUGUCCAGUCAGCCAUUGAAUGGGUGUGCGAGGAGUCACUCUAUGAAAUUGACAUCACAGAGUUUGUACAGGUUGUUUGUGGGCAUGUCUACGGUGUACGGGCAAAGGUAGAUGCAGAGCAACAGGUUGCCGAUAAGCUCCAGAAGAGAAUCAAGUUUGCUGACGUAGAUGAAGAAGAAGCACCUGAGAAACCUGCUCCAGAGAAAACUUUCAACCAAGAGAUCAAGUCCAGCAUUGCCGGUCGCAAGAAAUCCCCCAGCGUCAUGGUCCCCCUGGAGCUCCUUGCAACCUCACCCAACAGACAUUGUGAGGUCACCAAGGGCCUGCAUGCCAUGGUCAGAGAGCGUUUCACCCAGGUCAUGGGGAACCACUUCAAACCGGUUCCAUCCAACCGUGAUAUCUGGUUCUACCGCCUCGGUGGGGAGGCAGAGGAGGAUGAGGAGGAAGAGGGGAAGGAGGAAGGAGAUGGUCAAGGAGAUGAUGAUGGCGGGAACGACUACAGAGAUGUGGAGGAUGACGAUCAGGUUUUUGCUGAAAUUGUUUACCGCACUAGUGAAGAUUUAGAGUCUGAAGGCUUGAAACCAAGCCCUAGAUUUUCUGGAUCUCAAACACCAGAAGUGUUUUCUUCUGAGAAUCCAAGUGCCAAACAGGUGUCGAAACCAACUAAACCUAACAGCGAAACCGUUUCUCCUCAAAAGAAGGUCAACUCACUGGCAGACGGAGAUGAGGACGACCACCUGGAUGACUUUGUCAACGAGAUGGAGGAUGACCAUGGUCGCCUUGACAACAACAGCCUCAUCAACUCCAUCAGCUACGUGUACCAGAAGUCGGAGGAGAGGAGCUACGAGCUCCUGCCUGGAGCCCCCAGCCCGAGGGGGAGCUCGGAGGAAUCCGUGAUGGGCAGCGAGGAGGAGGAGCAGUCGCCCCUAUUUGUCAUGCUGGUGUGCUCAGUGAAGCUGAAGACUAACGUGGGUCAUCGCAAUGUCAGGACCAUCCCGACUUGUUUGGGUGACCUCAUCAGCUGUCUUGAAUCCCAACCCUCUGAGGAAAUCAACCUAAAUGACCUCUCAGUGACCCUUGACCUCAUGUGCCUAUCCCUUCCUGCUGACCUGGACUACCUCCCUGAGGCAGGCGACCUGGAUGAUGAGGACACGUACCGAGGUGUGUCAUUCACGGAGCACUCGCCACCAACCUCUCCACACCCUGAUCAUCAGCUCUUGAGGGCAAACACACUCUCAACGUCAGAUGCUGGAGAGUUGGUCAAUGAUAUGAUGGACUUCCUUGGAGCUCUACCCGAUGGACAAAGAAAAGCCAUUGAUGACACUGAAAAAGAGGUAAAGUGGCUUUUAAGGGAUGAGAUAGUGUCAGCAAUGCUACACAUUAAGCGUGUUACCGUGGCAACCCUUGAGAUGGUCGCACAGCAUGUAGAAGACUCUCAGGACAAGCCUAACUGCAAAGCCGAGGAGCUAGCCCUGCAAUUUGUAUUUGGACCGGAGCACAGCCUGGCGAAGUUCACUAGUGAGUUUGAGAGGCUGAGCAUCCCCAAGCAUCAGUUCUGCAAGGUCCAGGACUACUGGUACCUAGCCCUGGACCAGCUCCAAGCAGAGACCCUUAGGAAAGGUCAGGCACUGAAGACAGCCCUGGAGACCUAUAACAACCAGCUCCGGCAGCAGGGCCAGGACCAGACGGAAAAGGGAGAUGGGUCCAGCAAAGAUGACCAAGGUCUGAUCAUACCAACUACCACUAUCAUCUACACACCACCCUCUCCUGAGAAGCAUGCAGUGAAGAGGACUGGUAGUAAAGAGAGUCAAGGGGAGGUUCAAGGAGAAGGGAUGCUUUCCAAGGAGGCCAAUGAGGACACUCAGGUCAGUGCUCCCAAAACUGAAAAUGAAGCUUCAAAAUCAGGCUCCUUAGCCGACAUUGAAGUUGGCGUCGACGUCACGCAAGACACCGAAGAUGUGGAGGACGAAGCGACGUUGGAAGGUGCCACGAUCGUCGAGGACACCGCUGAAAUCCAGACAAAGGCUGAGAAGGAAGAGGAGUCCAAGAUAACCAGUGCAAUAGUGGAGGAUGUUGCUAAGCAACAAGAUGGAGAAGGGAUGAAGGAUGAAGGAGAGGUAGAGAAGGAAGAAGUAGAAGAGGAGGCGUUGGUCAAACCAAGACACGCUGAUGAUAACCUCUCAAGGAGCAGUGGAAGCUCCAUACAGGUCCUAUCGGAGGAGACAUUACAAGAAGACGCUACCACCCUACUCAUCAGCGAAUCAUCCAUCCAACUAGGCAUGGAUGAAACCGACAACGUGGGCUUCCAGCGUUACCACGGUGACCAUAAGGAAGGCAUCGAUCGAGAGGACGGGGAAUCGUUCACCGGGGAUGGAUCUGAAGGAGAGAGCACACUGUGCAGGACUAGUACCAGCUUUGAGGUGCUGACCAGGAUAGGGGAUGAUGAUUCCAUCAUUGGAGAAACAGAGGUUGAAUUGGAUACCCCUACGUGUACAUUACCAGCUACUCCUGAACACCAGAUAGACUCUGCCUCAACUGCCACUGCAUCAGCUGCAGAGGACCCCACCUCUCCAGUGGCCCACCUCCAGAGCCCCUCCCCUCCCCUCACCCCAUCCACCCCAAGCUCCCCUCCCAGGCCCAGGGUGGGGUCAGGAGCAGGGCCAGGGAAGCGCCCCACCCACAGCAGGCAGGGAAGCGGAGGCGUGUCGAGUGGACCGUCAAGUCUUUUCCAGAGCUACGUCAGUCAUAGUGGCAGUACCGGAGACAACGAUGAAGAAGGUUACGAUGCCAGUUCAAGUGACAUUGACCAUGAAGAGUCACAUCUAUUUGUAGAUGCUUUCAACCAUUCUAUGCCCGGAUUCUGGCUUAUCCUCAAACUCUGCAGGGAUAAGGUCAACCUCUUCUUCCACACAAGGGAGAGGAAUGAAAGUGAAAUGCUGGUGGAGCAGAAAGACAUCUAUCAACAGGUGUCGGAUGCUAUCAGGAACACAUGUCGUCUUGUCAACCAGAGAUUACUCCUUCAAGAGCUUCAUAACAACAAGACAUGUAGUACUCUGUUGGUUGCUGAGAGUGAUGAGGAUAUCUGGAAGCAAGAAGAUACUGAGACUCCAUCGGCUAGGGGAUUAUCUUCAGAUGAAGAUGAAGAUGAUUAUCGUCAAGGAGGCAAAGGAGACUACCUAGCAGCGCAGCUAUGGUUUAAUCAAGGUCACUUUGCAUGUGAUCUAGUGCUGAGUCAAGAUCUCCCCGUUCACUCAAGACUCAAGCCAUCCCAUCGACCUGGUGUACCUUCUAGAGGCUUACAGGCUCUCAAGACAGCCCUUGCUGCCUUUGCUGUCCAUGAUCGUAAGAAUCUGUUCGUCUAUCGAGAGAGUUCUGGAGAGGUCUUCUAUCUCAGGUUGUAUGAGUCAACAGUAGUAAGCGGUCACCAGCAUACAUCUCGACUGUGUUCCAUUGCUGAGUCUAACCACACCUCAUCUCAACCCAACUCACUUCCUGCAUCGCAAUCAGUAUCCAGAGCAACCUCCAACCAAUCUCUGAAUACCAUCGGUGGUCCAUUUAAUGUGGAGGAGGAUGCAGUUUCUAUGACAACUAAUUCAACUGUUCCUCCAUCUAUGGACUCCCGUCGUGACUCUGGGGUUGAUGUUCAAUCUAUUACAUCGGCAGCCACCAAAGCUUCUACAUUACAGGGCGCACAACAUAUCAUUAGCAUCCAGGUGUAUGGAGUCACAAAAGCAGGUCCUGAGAUUCAGCAUGAUCUGGUCGGUCUUCUCAACAAGAAGCUGGAAUCAGCAACCUUAGAUGUGAUAGCUGAUAUGCUGGCCAGGAAUCCACUCUGCAAACUUACUCCCAAUGAUGUUCAGUUCAUUCAACCAAAGUGCAAGCCUCCGACCGAAUCCUACCUGUUCACCAUACCUAUGUGGGCCGUGCAAUAUCUCUACUCCGUCCGCUACUACCUACGCCAGAACCUCCUUCAGAACCCCUUCCUCCACCCACCCAAGUACAUUGACUCUAAGCCAGACCAUCACUUCCAGGACUGCAACUCCUGGAAGGGAGGCAGGCCUGGACCAGGAGCUGGACCAGGAACUGUCUUGGAGCCAUCAGAGAUGGAUGUCUUUCUCUAUAAUAGACCACAUAAGGCUGAAGGAGGAACGGGUACUGCGUGUGUAGCUACCAGUCUGGUGGAUGGGAGUGGCAAUCCGGUGGUACUGGUAGACUGCCCCACUCCAUCAACAUCCUCACAACUCUCCCAGGAAGACUUCAAGAACCUCAUCAAUACACAGAUAUACCAACCAACUCAGACCAAGAAACCAGGACCGACUGCUCUGAUACAAUUCUUCAUCUGGAAGCGUGGGAGUGUGGACCUCGCCCAGCAGCUCCAGGAGGCAGUAGAGCACGCCCUCUGUGACACGCUAACGGAAUACUGCGUCCUGACCGCGCCCAUGGGACACAUCCCCGGCGAUCCACUGAGGCCAAGAAGGGAACAUCAAAUGACCACUCCACCAUUAUCCCCAACGUUGAUAGUUCGUCCUGAUCCAAAUAGACAUAUGUCCAGUGAGUCAAGGAAAAAGCCCAUGCCCUCAACUGCAAGUAUGAAGCGGUCUAUGUCAGUCGGGGAGAGUCCCCAAUUCUUUGGAACUGAUAUAAAACUCCUUCUGAAGAGGAUGCAAAAGCGGUCUCAGUCAGUAACACCCGGCCUGAUCACCAGCGGGAACGCUCCUCCCGUGGACUGCACCCCACCGGGACCUCUUGGGCGGGCACGACGUCUGACAGACGCUUCAUCACCCCAACCUUCACCCGCAUCCUCGAGACCACACACACCUACCAAACACAAGCCUAUCAGGGAGUACAGUCCUAAGGAGACUGAAGGUAAGACUAGCUGGCAGAUUAUUGAGAUGGAGCGUAGAAUAGAGGAAGAAGCGAAGGAGCAUCGUCGGGAGGCUGAGGAAGGAAGGAGAGGUAUUCUACAUCCUAUGUACUCCGGUCUUGCUCUCCAGUGGUUCCCAUUCAUGGAAGAGUUGGAAACACCGUCUGUCAAGGUCUUAACAGCCAGACUAUCCUGUCGCUUCAGUCUGGGGACAUUCCUCCAGGAGUUCUCAGAGAAGCUUGGGAGGGUCUGUACGGACUGCACCCACAAGCUCUACCAAGCCAACGGCUUAGAGUUCAAACCCUAUGAACCCCCACCUAGUAAGAUCCAAGAGUCUGAUCUUCUACAUCACUGUCAACCAUUACCAGGAAGUGAAGAGACAUUCAUUCUAAUUGGACGUAAUGUCCACCAAUGGCGUUACAGCUUGGAUUCAAGCUCACUUGAUGAACCUCUUCAGCCUCCCAAUCUCACCAACCCAAAGAGUCAGAAGAGUUUUCAGCAGUUUGAUCCGCUGGAUAUGACGUCAUUGUGUAACAGUGAGCGUAGCGGAUUACCAGGUCUGAAACAUACAUCGCAGUCCAUGAGAUUAGUCGUACCCAGACAGAGGCUUCUACUCUUACAUGCCACUAAUAAACAGCUGAAAGUCUUUAUUUACAACUGGUCCAAUGACAAGUUGAGUUCUGUCGAUAAGCUCUUCCAACGCCUGGUCAUGUGGCACAACACGAGGGCGCACUUCCUUGAUUGCUUAGUUAGUCAGAAGAUGGGUCUGUACCAUCAUUAUCACUUUGGUUCUGAUCAGAAUGAUAAUCCCUUCUCCCGUUCUUUGGAGCCCAUCGAAUCUCUUGUGAAACAGCCCACCCUCCCUUCCAGAGACUUCUCCUCCCGGUCCCUCCCUGCCUCCUCACGCCCCACCCACCUGAGGCGACUGCACCCCGCCCUUCCACCGUUUGACCAGUCCCUCCAGAACACAAGGAUAAAGCGCCCUCUCCAGGGCUCACCGCACAAACUCCUCCAUGAUCCGGUGUCGAGGAAUGCUGCCCAGUUUGGAGAGAUAUGCAGGAACACACGCAAGGAGUUGGAGGUUCAGAAAGAAGUUGAGACUCUUUUUAAGACAUGGGAGAAUCUGAAGAGAGGUCCUAGAUCUAGGCAACCAGUCUGCAAGAUCAGUGACCACAUGCUUGACCUGCUCAAACAGCGGUCAAGGCUCGUCCACUACUGUGCCACGCCCCUUCUGCUUGACCCCCACUGGAGGGACCAUAUGAACUGUAACAUGGCGGGCGGGGCCAACAUGGACCCCUCCCAGGUGAAGCAUACCAAUGAAGCACCAUGGCACAAUGACAUCAAGAACACCAUGGUGUCACAGUAUAAGGACUUCCUGAAGUGGCAAGGUUUCAUCAGCGUGCAUACAUCACAGACCCACAGUAGACAAGGAUCCAAACUUCUGCAUGCCCGAGGUAGCUCUGAACAGCAUUCCAGGCGUCUAAGCCUGAAGCGCCCUAGUGAGUCUGGAGUUGAAGGUCACCUACAGAUCACCUCACCAGGGGGUAUCAUCCUCAUUGAACUCUCUUUCAAGCACAUCUAUUUCUGUGUGAAGCUGUAUGCCUUUGAGAGCUCCAGGAUUCCAUCGGGAAAGACUAUCAACAAAGAGUUGGCGACCCUAUUCACUGAUGACUGUGACAAAUACAAAGAUCUGAUCCAUCUUCACUCGUCGGCUUACGACUUCCACCUGCGGACGAUCCAAUCCUAUCUCUUCAACCCUGAUAUGGGCUUCCAGUCACAUUACCAUGUCUCCAGCUUUCUUGGGAGCUUCAUGAAGUACUACUCGAUGCCACCACAGUUUAGGCAGAACUACAUCAAGAAAGACACAAUCCAAUUCCUUAGCCUGAACACCCCAGCUCCCCAGCUGUACGAGUACCUUGUCAGCCACCCACCUCCUAACUGGCGGAAACUUGUGAUGGUCCUUCCCACCUCCUCCACGGGCACGCCCGAGGCUGCAGGCUUUCCCAGCGACAGGGAGGAGCUUCAUCAUGCUCUAUGCCGCAUCCACGGCAGCGUCCACCCUCUCCUUCAAGAUCGCCAAAGCAACCGCUUCCCGGAUGACGUGAGCGUAGUUGUGGCCUGGGAUGAGGCAGAGUACCGCUGCCAGACUAGGCCGAAUUCACCGGCCGUUGGAGCCUCGGGGUCGUCAUCAGCUGAGGGCACGGCGGUUUACCACAAGAAUAUGCUACAGCUUGAGUUCUAUGUCAUUGUGACAAAUCGCAAAGAUAUUUACCCACAGAAGACAGUUAAGCCUGUGCGAGCAGACGAUUCCUUCCUCCCUAAAUCAGCGUUCCUCCAGCGGUGCAAGCUUGGAGAGACAGAGGCCAUUGCCGAGCGAGAGCGCAUCCUAGCCAUGUUGACCAGUGCUGAUAUCAACUGCAGAAGAGACUCUCUAUGGGAUCAACUACUGAUGUGGGACAUGGAAGACAUGGAUUCCAUGGCAACCGCAUCAACAAAGAAAGGGAAGAAGAGAGAUAGCGCCGAGGAAGAGGAGUCACAGACUAUGCCUUAUCCAGAGUUCAAGGUGCUUCUAGGGUGUGUCCACCACACCCCUCUGACCAUCAUGGACCCCUCCCUCAAACCCCUCCUAGGGAACAGUGUGGGCUGGUAUACAGAGCUGUUCCGUGCCUUGAGGGCCAGUCGCUACCCCAUCAUCACCCGGUAUAUCACCAGCGAGGAUGGCAAUGCAAAGCAUCUAGUUCUUCUCCUAGCAGACUCCUGCAACCAGGUGGUUCUGUUCACCAUCGAUGAGAACACAGCGGAGUUGGAGAUGAUCAGUAAAGAACGUCCUACCAUGGUACCAGACGGGGACGGCAACAUGACGAUCAUCCUGGAUAUUGAGACUCAGAAGUACAUUGAGAAUAUCAUCAAUGCAAUUGGCUUUCAUCUAUGGACCACAGUCUUCUGAAGAUCAAAGAUUGUCAGGGGUACAGGACCUUGGAGAGGAAACAUGGGUAUCUUGGACAUUGGGAAUAUCAUCAAUGCCAUUUGCUUUCACCUAUGGACUAGUCUUCUGAGGUAGGACCUUGGAGAUCGAACCUUGGAUGUACCUCGAUGACACAAUCAAUGCCAUUGGCUUUCUUCUUUGGACAGUGGUCUUCUAAGUAACAAAGAUUAUCCGAGGUAAAGGCUAUAGAAAUGGCAUUAUCCUAGACAGUAGAACUCUGAAGUAUAUUCUUCUAGGGAUCAAAGAUUGUCUGAGGUAUACAUAACGUUAGACAUGGUAACAUAGUGAUCCCACAUGUACAUGUAGGUACCUGGGCUCUUCUGUGCAUCAGUGCAAUCAUUUUAUCAAGUCUUAUAAAGACAAAAGAAAACCUGAGGUUAGACCUUUAAGACGGUACAUAAGGUACCGUCUUCAAAUCUACAUUGAGAAUAUCAUCAGUGGCAUUGACUUUCAUCUCUAGGCAACAGCAUUCUGAGGAGCAAAGAAUAGUUCUUGGUACUCACCUGAUGGCAGCAUGUAUGUACAUGUACUAAAAUGUAUACAUGUAUUUAGGUGAACUAUACCUUGCCUAAUAUAGAACUUCUUGCCUUUUUGCUCCAACUUCUCUUUAGGCAAAACAAGAGUUAAAUAAAUUAAUAUUUGGUAUAUACCUUAUCCAAAAUUAGUUGUAUACAAAGUAUUUGAAGUUUCUGUAUAAAUAUAAAUGUGCUAUAUUUUUUGCAAUAUAUGUAAGUCUGAAGAUAAGUAAUUUAAUUGAAAAUUGUGAAAUUUUGUGUAUUGAAACUGCCAGAUAAUUUGUAAAAAAGUAUAAUGUAUAUAUACUCUUGCAAUUGCUCUGCCAUACUUGUACUUAUAUUUCACGUCUUCCAUAUUUAAACAGAUUCAUACAUGUAGCAACCAAAGGUUUGGUUUACAUGGCUUGGUUUUGUAAGAUUAAUCAACAGUCCUAACCCAGGUAACUGGAAAAUAUGGAUGAAUUUGCUCAAAAUUAGGAAAGAAAAGUUUAUCCCAUAGGAUUAGACAGUAGAGUCAUCAAGAAAUAAGGGAAAAGUCAUAUCGAAACAAAAGCUCAGAAUUAAAGAUCUGCAUUACAAGUGGCUGAGUGUGAAUUUAAUAUUGUUUUUUAAAUAUUUUUUAAAGGAAUAUCCAUAGAAAAUACUUUUUUUAGCAAGAAGUGAAAGGAAAUUUUAAAUUUUGUUGGAAGAAGAUCUAACAGCUCUAAGUGCCCUAGACCUGUAUUCUGAACUUUGGUUUGAUUUAAACUCUGGUUUAAAGUUAUGGUUUAAUAAUGAAUAGGCAAUUGUAAAAGGUAUCUCCAAAAGGCAAAAGCAUAAGUUCAGUUCUUCACUCAAAUCAAUUCUUUUCAUCAUUAGAACUUGUGGAAAGAGCCCAGUACAAAUAUUAUUCAUAAUGUAAAUGCAACUUGAAAUUUUUGGCUUCCCAAAAUUUGAAAGAAGAGAGAGUUAGACUAUGGGCCAAGGUUAAACCAAACUUCAGAAUACAGGCCUUAGUGUUUGAGACAAAUCAAAGUUAUGUAUUAUUAGAGUGCCAAGCAGACUCGGCAGGUGUGUGAGCUGGUGCAAUCGACCAGAAUCUGUAAUGAUAAGGUAAUAUGUUGAAAAUUCUUACAUUGAUCUCUUAUACUGUAUGAAUGUCUUCUCAGUUCAUGCAAUUCCUGCAUGUUUUUGUCUUCAAAAUAAUUAUAACCCUAGCUGGAAUGGUGAUUUUGAAUCUGAGACAAAGUUAGUGAUUGCCUUACAAAUGAUUUUUGUCUCGCUAUGCAGUUAAAAUUAGAUGUCCUAACUAUUUAUAUGACACCUCAAUAGAUUCUUGUCAUUUGAUUGGUUGAUAUCGAUCAUUCAGCCCAUUUUAUAAAAAAGUCAUGAUUCGUGCAAUUUUUGAUCCAUUCGUGGAUCCAUACAAUGCUACGCGUAAUCAUGUUUACAGCAUGUAUUACUGUUUGCAACAAUCAACAGACAGCACUCCCUCAGCUGCAUAAAAUUUUGCAUCCAAAUUGAUAAAUGUCAAAUGACAAUAAUCGGUUUUUAGGCGUCGCAUAAGACAUAAAGUGAAUGUUUAUUCACUUGCCCGAUGGACAGAAUACUUCAUUCGGUGAAGGAUGAAAUGAUCCAUUGCACUCGGUAUACAAAUAUAAACAAUUGUUAUUUGUCUACUAUUUCAUGAAAUAUCACUGAUCAUGGUCAAACUUGGAUGUGUGGUGACAGGAGUUAGUUGUACAGUGUAUAUACUUACAUGUACAGAUUACAGGGUCAUUUCAGAUCAAUUAUAAGAACUGAUAUUGCUUAUAUUAAAAAUAAUUGAACAAUGAGGGUUGAUUUCAUAUUCAGCACUGCUGCUAUAUUGAAGCAUGGAUCCUAAUAGUAGGAUCCAUGAUUGAAGCACAUAAUGGCAGAUACACUGCCUUUGGUUUUGUCAUACCGAAACAAUAGAAUCUGUAUAAUGAGACGAGUUCCGUAACGUUUCAUCAAUUCUGAAAUGAAACAAGUGUCCAGGGUUGGGCUCAAUUACAAAGUAAAUUGAUCAAUUACGUAAUUAAUUACAUUUUUUAGAGUAAUUGUAAUUGACAAAAGUAAUUGGUAAUUGUAAUUGAAAAAAAAUGUAAUUUAAUUGAAACGUAAUUUCAAUUGAACUUUUCUUCAAUUACGUAUUUGUAAUUGAAGAAUGUAAUUGAGCCCGACCCUGCAAGUGUGAGAUGUAUAAACUAUUUGCAGUGAAACUCGUCUUCAGUAACCACCCAACAGAAGCACAAAAUGUGGCCUGUAAAGGCAGGUUCUUAUACGCCUCCAUGGAAAUCGGUACUAUACUAUAUACAGGUGGCCUCCAACACAGAUUUGACUGUAUCUGUGGUAGUAGAAUUAUCAUGUCUUUAUUUAAAUCAAGGUAGCCGUGCUAAAGCCAGGGUAAUAAUAAUAGCAUAAUCAUGUUUAAUAAGCAGGGCCCGCUGGGAGACUAGUUUUCCGAACUGAAGUGGCUACCCUGGGUAAAAUAUGACAUUAUCAUUGUUAUUAUUUCUUGAUGUCUGUUGACCAUGUAUCUCUCAUAACCAAAAGGUAAAGGUUGCUAUUUAAUGCAUGCUUUUUCACUGCAGAGGGCACUUGGUGCUGAAAUCUUGCUUCGUGGUCUGUGGUGAACACAUGUUAGCCUGUUUAUCAGAGACUCUAAUGAUUUUGGGUAAAAAAUAUCAAGGAAUACCAGCUGAUAGAGCCAUCAGAAACCAGAGAGAAAAUGUUGUCAGUUAGCCUUUUAAAAAGGAAAGUAGUGUAAUUUGAACAUUUGUAUUAUGAUUAUUUAAGAUGGAAAUGAAAUUUGCAACAUGUUUGUCUGAAAUUAUGAGAAUAAAAUGAACUAUAUUCUA